AGAACGCGAGAUCGCUGAAAACUAACGGGAAGUGCAGGGCGCGGAUUUGAACGCCAACCUCAGAGAAUGACCAAAAAAGUGAGACGUUUGUUCGGUACUCAGGUUACAUUAUUAAGUAUCGGCUUGACAGCGCGUUUGUGUACACGCUCAGGUUUUGGACGGGUCUUUUUGCCCUGGUACUUUGGUUGUCCUCGCCAAAGAUGUCUGGCUGAUAUGAGAAGGGAAAAAAAAAAAAAAAAUUCAGAAGUUGAACUGCGGUUGUCAUUUCCAUACGGCAGAUGAGACAUGAGUGAAGUCAGAAGAUUAGAGCAGCACGCAAAGUUGGAAUCUCGUGGGGGGGAGACACAGUCUUCCCGACAGUGUCCCCCCCAGGUGAAUAACAACAUGAGCGACAUUGAGAUUUGGGUGCACGUGACUACCCACAUGUACACAAGCGCCAGAUGAGCUCACGCACGCCCGAAGGCGUGGCUCGCACGACAGCUGCAGGAACGGAUCUGAAACUAGUCUGUUCUUUUUUCAGCAGCCCGGCCACAUCCCGCUGACACCGUAAAUCAAAUCUGCACGCUAACUGACAGAAGGCAAACUCUACGACGGUCUUCGGUGACUGGCGGGCGGUAGCAAAGUCCGCCGUUGACUUUUAUUAGACCAGACCAGGGUCAAACGCUCAAACUAUGGACCGUAAAGUUUAAUCAGCUUGAUAAAAACGCGCAGGGGCCAAGAAAGAACUGCUGGUAAGGCGGACUCACGAGAAAUUGCAAUUGAAAGAAAAUAUAAACGCAGCAAGAGGGUGGGAGGAUGUGGCCCAAGUGAAGGCUCCUCCCCUUUUCUUUUCUUUUCUUUUCUUUCGUCUCGGCUCAUCUGACACGCCAGCGGCUCGCAAAAGACCUUCAGACCGAGCGGGCCGACGCGUUUGCGCGGCUGAGGAGGAGGACGCGCACCGCCUGAAUUGCGAGGAACAGGAAGCAAAGCAGACGUGAGCCGAGCGAGGGCUUCCGACGGUCGGACGUUUGAAUACGCCGGACGUCGUUUUGUCGAGCUGCGUUUUUCAAGGGGGCCGGGGCCGCGUUUCGGGUCCCGCUUCCGACGCAAACGGAUGGGCUGUUACCGAGCGGCGGAUAAACGGGUUUGUCGGCUGGCGACGACGGAGGAGGACGACUCCGCUCUGUGAACGCCAUUUCAAAAUGUACAACAACGUCAGCGCUUGGAUGAGGUGCAACAAGAGCGACGACUUCAAGUACCCUUUGUACAGCGCCGUUUUCAGUCUGGUCUUCGUCUUCGGGUUCCUUUUCAACCUCGUGGCCGUCUACAUUUUCGGCUGCACGCUGAAGCUGAGGAACGAGACCACGACCUACAUGGUGAACCUGGUGGUGUCGGACUCGCUCUUCGUCCUGAGCCUGCCUUUUCGGAUCGUCUACUUCAUCAAACGGGAAUGGGUGUUCGGGAGCGAGCUGUGCAAGAUUUCCGUGGCGCUUUUCUAUACCAACAUGUACGGCAGCAUCCUCUUCCUCACCUGCAUCAGCGUGGACCGCUUCCUGGCCAUCGUGCACCCGUUUCGCUCCCAAAAUCUUCGGACCAAGCGGAACGCCAGAAUGGCCUGCGUCGCGGUGUGGGUGUUGGUCCUUUCUGGGAGCAUCCCCACCGGGUUCCUCCUGGACACCACCUCGCCCAGAAACGUCAACGCCUCUUCCAACUACUGCUUCGAAAACUACUCCAGCAACCAGUGGAGGUCGGAGCUGUCCAAGGUGGUGAUGUUCAUCGAGACGGUGGGCUUCGUCAUUCCGCUGACGGUCAACGUUUUCUGCUCCGCGAUGGUUCUUCGGACUUUGAAGAGGCCCCAGACCGUCAGCCGCGGCGGCGGCCUCAAUAAGGCCAAAAUCCUGAGGAUGAUCGUCGUGCAUCUGCUCAUCUUCUGCUUCUGUUUCAUUCCCUACAACGUCAACCUCAUGUUCUACUCUCUGGUCCGGACUAAAGUCCUCAAAGGAUGCUACGCCGAGUACGUGGUCAGAACCAUCUACCCCAUCUCGCUGUGCAUCGCCGUGACCAACUGCUGCUUCGAUCCCGUUGUUUAUUACUUCACUUCGGAGACCAUUCAGAGCUCCAUCAAACGCAAGUCCACCGUGUGGCACAACGGCGUCAAGCUUCUGGACAGAUUGCAAGGGGACAGCGCGCAGAGCAGCCCGAAUUCGACGCCCAAAAGUCUGCCCUCGAGGUCUCUGAGAAACGCUAACGCUUUGCAGCAGCCCAAAGACGACUUCGCCCUGUGAGACCAGAAGAAGGCUCUCGCUUAAGGGGGGUCCAUCGCGUAUUUGUUGCUCAUUUGCGACGUUGACAUCGGCCCCCGUUCGGCGGGAUUGAGACUCGGGUCGAGGUGACGUAUUUAAACACUUAAAACACCGCUGACUUGCCGCGACUGAACCAAC